AUGGCGCUGGAAUCUCCAGCGCCCUGGCUCAACGCAGUCCUCCCGCACGUGAUGGGGAACAGUGCAGCCCAAGUCUGCUGCUACUUGGUCGACGACAGUGCAGCUCUGGGCAACCCCUGCGGCCGGGAGAAUUGGAGUGAGAGGUUUGGAGUUGUUGCGAGCGCCGACCCGAAACCCCCAACCGCCGCAGGGGCGAGGGCCAGCGAUCUCCGCACCUGCAGGUCAGCCAAGCGUCCAAGAGUUCGUCGUCCAGUUGGCCCUUCGACUUUGAAAGUUCUGGCGAGGCAGAGGGGCCGAAGAAACAGCCACUGGCGCAGCAGGCAGCAGAUGAGGCUGAAGAGAAGGUCAAGAUCCUGGAGAUAUCCGCUGGACGCCCUGGUGGGCUGGCGAGCCUUGAAACGUUUGCUGAUGCUAUGGAUCUUGAGCUGGUCCCUGGAGUCCCUGCGCAAGAAGUUUCCCACCAGUGGUAUGGGUUGGGGCUCUGGCUGGUCCGCAAAGGCACACCUAAAGCCACCGAGCAAGCCAGGGGAGCCCAGCAGGAAAGAGGCGACCCACCAGUUCGUCUAUGAGAUCGAGCAGGCAGUGCUGAUCGCUGUUGGUGCAGCUGGCGGAUCCAUUGAUCGCUUGCGGUGCUGGCGAUCAGGCAGCUUAGAACAGAGCGCCGCUGAUGCAUGGCUGUUCGAGUGUGGUAUUCUGGGCAGACCCCAGCCCAUUGCCUUGGAGUUGCGAGGCCGGAUGAGCGCCAUUGAUAUUUGUGAUUCAGAUGAGGACGAGGCGCUGGCGCGCAAGCGCGAGGCCAUCCGUCGCCGCCGUCAAGCCGCGACCGGCUCGGAGCUUCCGAGCAGCGAGGAGGUGCCAGCGGCAAAACCCCCUGUGGAGUUGCCCACGGGGCCCUGGGAGUGCCCUGCGUGUGGGGAAAGCAACGGGGAAAAACGCCUGAAGUGCAACAACUGCACCAGAGUACGGCCUGGGGCGGAGGAGCUGGUUGCUACUCCCACUUCCACUGCGCCUGCAGCCACGGGGGACGCAACAAAGGACGAAAGCAGGCGCAAACGCCGGCGAGGUUGGGACGACUGGGAGGAACAAGCGAAGCAGGCGGCGGCCAAAGCCAGCACGCAGAACGCCAGCAUUAUGAAAGAUGUGAUUAACAGUUGGAAACCCACAGUGGAUCAGCUCAAGGCCAUGACUGUUGCUGAGCUAGGCCCCGUGUGCAAGAGUUGGAAGAUCUCCAUUGAGCCAAAGGAGUACAUGCGCGAUGUGAUGCUGAGCAAAGCGCUCAAGGUGAUACAUGGAGUUGACCCAUGA